AUGGUAGCCCUGAGCAAAACGGAGGCCAUCGCCUUUGGCGGUCGAGGUUGGAAGACUCAGGCCGGUGUGUUCAUGAUGGUGGAUGGGGAGAGGGUACAUGUAAUGCCACACAUCAAAUACCUUGGCAUCAUAUUGGACCCACGGUGGAACUUCGGGGAGCACUUUAGACAGCUAGCUCCCCAAUUAGUGAGAACCGCAUCGGCACUCAGCCGGCUGCUGCCCAACAUUGGUGGGCCUGGUGCUACAUGUCGGCGCCUAUAUGCAGGUGUAACACGCAGCAUGGCGCUGUAUGGGUUGCCGAUAUGGGCGGAUAGGCUCACUAGAGCCAACAGGGCCUUGCUGCGACGACCACAGCGUGUGGUGGCCAUACGUAUCUGCAAGGCCUACCACUGUGGCGUGGGCGGCAACCUGCGCUCUGGCCCAAAAGGAGUUGUUCUGGGAAAGGAGGAGGAGGGCGGAGAUGCCGGAAUUAGCGGGAGCGGCUGGUGUAAACUUGGCUGUGAGUGCUCGAAGUGGUCGGAUGAGCGGGCCACCCUCAUGACCGCCUUAGAAAUAGGGAACCUCUCGCUGCAAAGUGUAGUAGCUGCGAUGCUGUGCUGCAAGAGGAAAUGGGAAGUAGUGGUUUCCUUCUGCGAGUACGUCAUCUCGCAGAACACGAUCACUUUAUCGUGCGCGCCUACUGCCUCACUAGGGUCACUUCCCGACCCUGGGAUGGAAAGGGCGGCCAGCAACUUACUGGUCACCUAUUACAGCAAGAUUCCCGGCACAGAAGCGCCGGGCAGCCUGAGAGCAUCGUGGUGA